AAGUAUGUCAACAAAACCAUUCUGCGAAAUUAAUUUAUGGUGAAACUCUUUAAAUAAAUUUAAUAAGAAAAUAAUUUUAUUUCUGAGUAAUAAAAUAAAAUACCUUGGACACAAAAAUAAAUAAAUUUUCUAAAAAAUGGAAGUUGAAUUUAGUAGAGAAGAUUUCUUUCUUCCAGAAAUUAAAUACGAAUACCUUGACCACACAGCUGAUGUUCAGUUACACGCAUGGGGUGAUUCACUGAAAGAGGCAUUCGAACAAUGUGGCAUGGCAAUGUUUGGAUAUAUGACAGAAUUGGAAUAUGUUUCGGUGGAAUCUUGCUACCAAAUCGAAGCCCAAGGUGAUGAUAUUGAAGGUUUGCUCUUCCAUUUCCUCGACGAAUUGCUAUUUUUGUUCUCCUGCGAACCUAAUCUCAUCUGUAGAAGACUUGAGAUUACAAAGUUUGAUAUGGAAACGUUUUCAAUUGAAUGCAAGUGCUAUGGUGAGCCUUUUGAAAUUGGCAAACACCCGCAGGGAACAGAAGUCAAGGCAAUAACUUACUCUGCGAUGCAGGUGCAUCAAGACGAUGCAAAUAAAAAGUACGAAGUGUUUGUUAUAAUUGACAUUUAAGUUGAAAGAUGUAUAAUUAUUUGUUUUAUUUUAAUAAGUAAAUAAUAUUUUUUUACAAAUUAAA